GGUCUCCAACUCCUGACCUUGUGAUCCGUCUGCCUCAGCCUCCCAGAGUGUUGGGAUUAUAGGCGUGAGCCACUGCACCCAGCCCCUCUCUCUGUCUUACACACACACACACCCCACACACAUCUCAUAAGGACAAAUAAUUCUAAAGUAAUAAUAAGAUAGGAAACCAUUUUCAUAAAGAUACCAUCAUCUUCCAAGGUUCCACCCAACCCUAAAGUGAGACAUCCUUCAUGUUAUAACAGAGAAUUUUUAGUUCCUCUUUUUAUCAUCCUCUUUUGCAAGAUGAUUCUCCGCAGCUAAUGCUGGUAUAAGAAAUGAGCUUCCUAGAUAGGAUCCUCUCUCUGUGAUCACCAGUUUUAUUUGCACAAACACCACACAGAAACUUUUAAUUGUAGUCAUGCUAGUUUUUUUUUUAAUUGGGGGCAGGCAACAAUUUAGGGUAGGCUUCCCUCUCGCUACUGACCUUUCAUAGAAUAACUCUCUAUUCUCCUCCCACCCCAGGGAAUCACCAGGGAUAAGAGGUUAUUCCUUCUGUUGCAUAUGUUAUCUCAUUUAGUUCUCAUACCACUUUAUGAUCUGUUGUCACUCAUUUAUACAACAAAAUCAUUGAGCAUCUCCUAUGAGCCAAGUACUAUUGCAGGACUGGGAAUGUGGCAAAGAACUAAGCAGCCUGCAUGCACCUUAUGUGGGAAGAGACUAGCAGCAAACCAAAUAUAUGGGCAAAUUAUGUAGUUUUUCUGAUAGGAUAACAAUUAUGGGGAAAAUUAAACCAAAGAGAGAGAAGGUGCUGGCUGAGAUGGUUGACUGGUUAUUGUGAACAGAGCCGGCAGAGUUUGUGUCAUUAAGAAGGUAACCUUUGGGCACAGACCUGAAGGCAAUGAGGGAGUCAGCUAAGAGCACAGCUGGAGGAAGAGCAUUCCAGGAAGUGGAAAUUGCCAGUGCAAAGUCUCUGAGCCUAUUUCAUAUGUUCAAGGAAGGUCAAGGAGGCCAGUGUGGUUAGAGUGAAGUGAUGGCAGGAGACAAAAAUAGGACAUUUGCUCAGGGGUGGGCACAGAUUUCAUAGACACUUGUAGGCAAUGUGAGAACUUUAGCUUUUCUGCUAGAAGGAUGGGAAGCCACUGGAAUGUUUUGAGCAGAGGUGUGACAUGACAUAACUCAUGUUUUAAAAUUCUUUUGAAUUGAAAAUAAAAGUAAGUAGUAGGGGCAAGGGCAGAGCAAGGAGAUCAGUGAGGAGGCUUUUGCAAGAAUCCAAGUCAGAGAUAGCAAUGAUGAAGGGGCUUGAAGUAAGCAAUUUCUGAUCACAUUUUGAAGGUAGGGAGGGCUUCAUUUGCUAAUUAAUUGGAUGUGGGAAAAAGAAAUCAACAUUGACUCCAAAGUUUUGGCUUAAACAGUGGAAAAUAUGGAUUUGCUGAGAUUUGUGCACGUAGCAAGUUUUUUCAGGGUAUAGGGGGUAAGGGCAUCAGUUUUGGACAUAUUAAAUAAUAUCUCCAUUGCACCAGUAAGGAAACUAUUGCUCAAGACAAUUUAGCUACUGCAGUGAUGGAGGUAAGAACAAGAUAUUAAGGGAUAAUAGAAUAAGGACUCCCCACUCAACUUGGGGUAGGGGGAAGAAAGGUCCCUAAAAAAGGUAACAUUUGAGUUGGGUUUUAAAGAAUGGACAGGAGUUCCUUGGGCAGAUUAAGAAAAGAAGAGAUGUCCAUUUCCAACAAGAGAAACAGCCCAAUGGAUAACACAUAUUGAACAAGCUGUGUUUAAGUCAGAUAAAUUGUGCCUGAGGUCAGAGUUGCUGUUCAUGAGCUUUGUAUUAAUGUCAGUCAAUUCCUCUUAAUGAAAGUCUGUCCUGACACCCCAAUUAUGCCCAAAUACAACAGAAACCUUUCAAACCCCCUUUGGUUCUUGUCUCUUGGACCUAUCUUAAUAUCAUCAAGCCUCACAUUAUUUCACCCUUUGGUACAACCUGAUUCUCAAUCAUCCUGUCAUCAGGUCAUCAGCUCUCCUAACCAGAAGAAUUAGUCCAUGGAAGUCCUCUUCAUUCAGGAACAUCUUGAGACCUGGGUGUUUCCCAGUGGAGUUGCUCAUGACAGAACAAAAGGACCUCCCAGGACUCAGGUUCUCAGGAUACUCUCAAUGCCCAGGGUUUUAAUGGACUGAGCCUUCCAGUCAGAAAAGCUGAUGACCCAAUGACAAGAUGGAUUCAGAAUCAGGUUAUCCCAAAGGGUGAAAGAAGCCUCAUGGGACCAGAAUCGCAUGGGACAGGACUCCUAUGUCCUCAUGGCCAGCUCCCAGGCAGAGAUGGAGGAGUGGGUUAAAUUCCUCAGGAGAGUUGCUGGCACACCCUGUGGAGCGGUGUUUGGCCAGCGCUUGGAUGAGACUGUGGCCUAUGAACAGAAAUUCGGCCCCCAUCUGGUGCCCAUCCUGGUGGAGAAAUGUGCAGAGUUCAUCCUGGAGCAUGGCCGGAAUGAAGAGGGCAUCUUCCGUCUGCCUGGGCAGGACAACCUGGUGAAGCAGCUGAGAGAUGCCUUUGACGCUGGGGAGCGGCCCUCCUUUGACAGAGACACAGAUGUGCACACUGUGGCUUCCCUGCUAAAGCUCUACCUACGAGACCUCCCAGAGCCCGUGGUUCCCUGGAGCCAGUACGAAGGGUUCCUGCUCUGUGGACAGCUCACGAAUGCGGACGAGGCAAAGGCUCAGCAGGAGUUGAUGAAGCAGCUCUCCAUCCUUCCUCGUGACAACUAUAGUCUCCUGAGCUACAUCUGCAGGUUCCUACAUGAAAUACAGCUGAACUGUGCUGUUAACAAGAUGAGCGUGGACAACCUGGCUACUGUGAUUGGUGUGAAUCUCAUCAGGUCGAAGGUCGAAGACCCUGCCGUGAUCAUGAGAGGGACUCCUCAGAUCCAAAGAGUGAUGACUAUGAUGAUCAGAGACCAUGAAGUCCUCUUCCCCAAGUCCAAGGAUAUACCCCUAUCACCCCCUGCCCAGAAAAACGACCCCAAGAAAGCUCCAGUGGCCCGAAGCUCUGUGGGCUGGGAUGCCACUGAAGACCUCAGAAUUUCUAGGACAGACAGCUUCAGUAGCGUGACAAGCGACUCUGAUAUAACCAGCCCCACCGGACAGCAGCCGAGCGAUGGAUUUCCGGAGGACAGCAGCAAAGUACCCAGGGAGAAGCCAGGAGAUUGGAAGAUGCAGCCUCGUAAAAGGACUCAGACACUCCCUAACCGGAAAUGUUUCUUGACAUCAGCUUUUCAAGGUGCCAACAGCAGCAAAAUGGAGAUCUUUAAAAAUGAAUUCUGGUCGCCUUCCUCAGAGGCUAAGGCAGGGGAAGGGCACAGGAGAACGAUGUCUCAAGACUUGCGCCAACUUUCUGACUCCCAGCGGACUUCCACCUACGAUAAUGUCCCUUCCCUGCCAGGGUCCCCUCGGGAGGAAGCCAGUGCACUCUCUUCCCAAGCCUGUGACUCCAAGGGAGAUACUCUUGCCAGUCCGAACUCUGAAACUGGGCCUGGAAAAAAGAACUCUGGAGAAGAGGAACUUGAUUCUUUGCAGAGGAUGGUCCAAGAGCUACGAAAGGAAAUAGAAACACAGAAGCAAAUGUAUGAGGAACAGAUUAAAAACCUUGAGAAGGAGAAUUAUGACGUUUGGGCUAAGGUGGUGAGGCUCAAUGAAGAACUGGAGAAGGAAAAGAAGAAGUUUGCAGCCCUAGAGAUCAGCCUCCGCAACAUGGAGCGCUCCCGGGAGGAUGUCGAGAAGAGGAACAAGGCCUUGGAAGAAGAAGUCAAGGAAUUUGUCAAAUCCAUGAAGGAACCCAAGACCGAGGCUUAAGGAUCCCAGGAAUACUGCAAGGACAGCCCGAGAGAUGCCUAACUCUGACCCCUUUCUCAGUGCUACCUGAUGACGGGGAUACAAAAUUACUCUCUGAGAGGGAAAGGAUAUUUUGAGGGAAACAUUAAAUUUCCCCAUAAAUAAAUGAAUAGAGUUUGCAGGAAGGUGAGGGUGAACAGAGAUGUGUGUGGACAUCUCUGACCGUCCAUCGCUGUAUUCAAAUGGAUUUUGUUAUUCCACUACGGUCUCAGGCAUGACCAUGUCCAACGAAGACAUUCAAGGAAGCACAUCUCAGGACCCAGGCAAUAGACUGGCCCCAACACAGGCUGGGCUGAGGUGUGAUUAAUUCUUUGUUUUUUGUGUGGAACAGCUCACCUUGUCAGACAGCCUCAGGGCAUCUCUGAGACACAGGGGCAGAAAAUGACAUUCAUCUUUUGAGUCCUCAUCCAUGGAGUGCUGUGCUUGGGGGGCUGCAUCUGCUGAAGCAAGAAACCCAUUUUUCCACCCCACCAUGAUGCCCGUUCUCCAGGUCUUCUCCAACUUAUUAUUAGGCUAAACCAGAACAAGCAACAAACUGUAUUUAUACAAGCAAAAUUGAUGAGAAAAUUAUAUUCAAAUAAAGCAAAAAUUAAAAAGCAA